CUCUGCGGUUGCCAGGUGCCUGAAGAGUGACAAGCGUUUGCUGAAGUUUAGUGAGGAGUACCUGAGGAAGAUGCCGAGGGGUGAAUGGCCGCGGGUGAUUGUAGUUGCUGACGGUUCUUGUGGAGACUCCUGCUCGGUGCUGGGCAUCAGCGCUGAUUACAUCGUGGAAUCAUGUCGCACUUAUGGUGCCAAUGCUACUAUAGAAAGACCGGACCAGAGACAGGUUCCCACACCAGAGAUCCGUGCACAUAGUUUGUAUUUUGAUCUGUCGGCGUACGGGAUCGACACUGUGAAGGAAUCACGCAGCUCCUCUCAGCCGGCAGCGAAGCCCGGAUUCCAUCUGAAGAUCUACGGGACGUUCCGGAACCGCUGCAUGGCUCUGGCCUGCACUUCGGAUGCAGACUCCAAAAUGAUGCAUUUCCUGCGCCACACAGCUAACUCUUCAAUCAUGAGGAACAUCUUCCACCAGUCGUUCAACGCGUAUAAAACAGACAUCGAGCCUCGUCUGAGUGAACUCACCCAGCACCACAUGCAGUGCAGCCGCAAGCUGUUCGAGAUCAUGCUGUCGUACAGACGCGUCAGCGCCGCUUACAUCGAAGAAGACAACGUCGCCGUGACUGUGGAAGGAGAAGCUGCGCGAGUGCUCAACUUUGACACUGGUUGUGGUGUGAAUCUGGGCAUGAGAGGACUGGAGUCACUGGGAAUGUUCAUCUACAGAACGGCCACGGCACUGGACCAGAAUGACGUGUUUGAGGCGCUCUCGGCCAAAAUCCAGCACUCCAGACACGUGGCAGAGACUUUCAGGAAGAGCGGACUGGCCUCGGCUGUGCUUGAAUGACCCUGAGUGUGUUUGUGUGACAGAGAAAGAGUGUGUGUGUGUUCUGAGGCGAGUUAUAAACUAGAACACGUAAUGCUUACAGAAUUAUGAUCUGUUUUGUGAUCGUUUUUUGGAAUGUUGAGUAUUGAAUGCACAUUAGAGUGGCCAAAGUUUGCAUUUAAUUUGUGGGG